AAGAAGAAAAAAAAAAAAAAAAAAAAGCAACGGGCAAUGAAAGAACUACACCUAAAUGAUAGGGUAAGAUGAUCGGCUGACAGUCCCGAACCGUCCGUCGACUUUACUCCUCCUUCGCAACUCCGGACUCCGGAAAUGUAUCUAAUGCCUGCAGACCGUUGUCGAUCCUUGGUUCUUGCUUUUUCUUUUUUUUCUUUUUCGGUCCCUCCCUUCUCCCCAAUCUUCUUCGGUGUGACAUCCGGGGAGGAGAAGAAGAAGAAGAAGACGCAGAACGAGAACUUGGGGGCCCAGACCCCUGCAGAGCGCGGAUCCCGGAUGUUCAUCGCUUCGCGGCUUACAUGUACAUGCCGGGCUGUCAUACUUUCAUUUUACCACUAUUUAGAUACAUGUUAAGUAGCUUGUCAGUGAUUAGUUGCCUUGUUACUUGCCAUCAUGGUGUCGCUCAUCACAUCUAUCGACCCUGCGACCCGUGUGUAUGGGUGUAUGUGUGCACGGUCACAGUGGUGAUUGACUAUCUGACGUAUGCCGGCCCCAGUCUUCCCGAGAUGAAGCAUAACGCGUUCCCCCCCUCUCUUGCCAACUGGGUUUAUCGGGAUGGGUGGAGUGGGUUUGACUGAGGGUGUGGCGUCGUCAUCGUCAUCAUCAUCAUCAUCAUCAUCAUCAUCAUCAUUGCGCGGGAACUGAUUAUUGGCGUCUCGGCUAUGAUAGGUAUCCGUGCCGGGAUUUGUUGUUUUGAUAACUGUAGUGGUGGUGGUGCUACUUUCCUAGUGUAUUAGAUUGUAUAUGUACUAGUUAGUGAUAUCUUACUGCCUGGGUUGAUGUAAAUAUGUGAAUGUGUCACUAGGCUAUUGUAUUCUGGUGUGUGCUCCUACUUAGGUAUAUAUAUUUUCACUGCACUUAUGCUAAGUAAGGAACAUAGUGAGGGUUG